AUGGACCUUCAGGUGUGUUCAUUCUCAUUCAGUCUUAAUAAGAUCCCUGGACAUAUUAAUGUACACUCAAUAGUAAAUAUACCAAUCGAUGCACACCAUGGAGCCAACGAGUCGAAUCAGCCUGAGGCAGAGAGUUCGAAUGUGCACAUUUCAGAUGAGCCAGUCACAGAUGUUGACCAGUGGAUGGAUCUUGAGGAAGAUGGCUCAGAACAUCGACACAAUGUUGACGACAUUCGGACCGAGUAUCACCCUAACUCUGGAAUCCCAGCACAGACACGAACAUUCUCGACAUUUCAGCGCGACCUUUUGCAAGACCCACCAACUCCUGAUGUGCAACCUUGGGUGCCAUUUCAAUGUCAGCUGGACUUUGAGGUAGCUGAACUUGCUCAUGAAGCCACUCUCAGCCAGCCUCGAAUUAAGCGGCUAAUCGACCUUUUGCAUUGCUCGAAGCAGGAACCUUUCAGCCUGUGCAACUACAAAGAUAUUCAGAACAUUAAGUUUCAAAAGCAAACAAUUCGAGUGCCUUACGAUGGAGUUGAUCAAGAAUUCACUCUCUACUACUGGGACUUAUGGGACUGGGUGUGCGACCUUCUUCGCGAUCCUUAUCUUGGCCCUCAAUUUACCUUUGACGCUCAACACCUGUCAAAGUUUGACGGUAAUACAUUUGUGAGAUUUAUUGAUGAGCCUUGGACUGUGGAUACUUUUUGGGAGGCUCAGUUGGCUAUACCUAGCCAUGCAAAGCCUCUCACAUUCAUCCUCUAUGCAGAUAAGACAAAGUUGUCUUCCUUUGGUCGUGAAAAAGGCUACCCUGUGAUUGCCCGUAUUGCAAACCUCCCCGCAUCCAUCCAAAAUGGUGAAGGCAUUGGUGGCAGUCGAGUUGUCACCUGGCUCCCCAUUGUCAAAGAUGAUCCCUCAAGGUCGGGAAAACAGAAAUUUGCGGAUUUCAAAAGCUGCAGUUUGGCACAAAAGAGGAAAUGUGGUGGAUGGGUGGAGUGUUGGGAUGAACUUCAAUGCCUUAUGUUCCCUAUCAUUCCGAUCUUGUCUGUGGACUACGAGGAACAAUGCAUUAUGUCCCUGAUCCAUGGAGUCAUGGGCAAAUUUCCAUGUCCAAUUUGUUUGGUUCCGUUCACUGAGUUACAUAACCUGUUGGAGACCUGGCCACUUCGCACACAUCACAAUUCUGUUUGCUUGCUCAGGAAGGCAAGAAGGAAGUACACCAAGGCAAAGCAAGAGAAGAAGCUGAAGUCUCAGUCAUUGAGAGAUGUCGAAAACUCUCUCAAUCUAUCAAAGCUUCUGGACAUCUUUCAUGCCCUUUGUUUUGACCGCCUACAUACUCACCAUGAAGGACUGUGGGGAAAACACUUGUGGAUCAAGCUGCAAAAAUGUGUCAAUGAAGUUGGUAGACACCCUGCGACUAAAAUUGAUGAAGGGUUUGUGGCAGUGCCAAGGUGGAGGAAUCUCAACCACUUCAAGGAGGUCAUGGGAGUUAGCUUCGCUGAUGGGACAAAGCAAGAAGACAUAUUAAAGUUGAUUCUGUUUGUUGCCCAUGACGUACUCAAUCCCGAAACACACAAGUCUGGAUAUCUGCUCCUUCAAUGUAUUCAAGCCCAUUUAGAUGUAGACAUGUUCACAGCUCUUGAGGUUCAUACCACACAGACCCUUGCUGCUGGUCGAGCCGCUCUUGACGAGUUUUCAAGACUCAUGGAUAAAUAUAUUUCCGAGUCUGAAUGUGAAUCAAAGAGUUGGGAUUUUCCGAAAUAUCACUUGGGUGUUCACCUUUUUGAUGAUAUCAAGGCCAAAGGCAUUACUCGGAAUUUCAAUACCAAACCAAAUGAGAAAGCGCAUAGACCUUUGAAAAAUCUUACCAGCUCUGAACAAAUUUCAAACAACCUUGUAUCUGCAUGGAUUCACUAUCGCAUCAACAACCUUGAUGCCUAUAAUGCAAGGAAAGAAGCGAGUGAUCUUGAUGAUUCAGAUUCCGAUGACGAAGUUCUGAACGCGCCUGGAUCAGAGUCCAGCUUUCAUAUCAAGCUUGGUUCAUGUCAGCGUGCAUCGUCGAUACAUGCCAUUCAGCAAGCACACCUUGAAGACCCAGCAUUUCAUCAGUUUCAUACCAAACUUAACUGCUUUCUUAACAUGAUACCUGUAACAGAAUUCCGGUACUUGAAAGCAAACUUCGAGUCGAUGGUUGAUUUUCGGACAUCGACAGACUACCUCCGCUAUUCCCCGAUGUUUCACAAUGCCCCAAGAUAUGACUCUGUCAUCAUCAGGACUCAAGAUGGGAUGAUCUUUGUUGAAGGCACAAGUCACCCCAUGGCUCUUAUUCAAUCUUGUGAUGCCCCCAUUCAAAAUCAACCUUUGAAGGACAGGCUCCUGGGUUUAUGGCAAGUUAGAGUUCAACCUCAGCAUAAGAGUGAGGGGGCACUGUUGCUUGAGGAUCGCUCUCAGCCUGGUGACUUCCUUGUUGUCGAUUCAAUCAACACUGAUAUGUUCCUUUGCAUGAAACUUCACAAAGACUCCCAUGUAUACUAA